AAAGAUGGGCCGAUAAGUGGCAUGUUCAUUUGGGACAGGUUGCUUUACAGAACAUAACAUUGACGCUUAUGUAACCAGAUGUAACUCUGACGGGGAGUGACACCAGAGAGAGUAGAGUAGAUGGAUGGAUGACUCAGCAAGCAGGCUCUGGUGAAGAUGACCCGGUAGUCCUGGCAGUGAAGGGAGGCUCGGUCCAGCUGGACGUCCAGACAUCCCUGGAGGGCAUGGACAUAGAGUACAUCUUCUGGAGGUACAACCUGACACACAGUGUGGUACGCUACAGCAACGAGUCCAAGAACCCCAUGAAAGCCUACCAAGACUACGAGAACCGUGUGGGCAUGGACCCCAGAUCCUACACCCUGGAGCUGAAGAACCUGCAGGAAACAGACAAUGGGAUCUACAGUGCCAAGAUCACAGACCACCGAGGGUACGAGAAGGACGUGGCCAGACAUGUGCUGGCUGUUCAUGAGGCUGUACCGGAUGUGGAGUUGAGGAUGCUGCUGCUCUACUUGAACUCCUCCGAGGGAUUCUGUAACGUCUCUGUGACCUGCUCGGCCCACGACAGCUACGCCUCCUACACCUGUGACCUGUCCGGCUGCACUGAGGACGAGGUGGUUCUCUACAAGCCCCACCUGGUUAUGACUGUUACCGGGAGCGAUGGAACCAUCAUGUGCAAUGCCAGCAACCUGGUCAGCAAGAAGAGCCAGUGGGGACGCAUGGGGGACGUGUGCACAGAGGUGCUGGUCUAUACAAAGAUGUCACUCUUGGGACCCACCCUGAUCGUGUUAGACAUCAUCACACCUCUUCUCCUCAUAAGUCUGAUCUUGUACUUCCUCCUCAUACGACCCAAGCACACUGGAGGCUUCAAGACUGCUACACCACUGAAAAUAAAAUAUGCUUCAAUCGAGUUGCUGCACGUGCAUGAGUUUCAGGAAGUGUAUAAGUACCCAUACCUGCCAGAGUACUUGAAGGACGGAGUGGUCUACAGUAUAUCAGGAGGAAGGAAACCCCCUUUACCCCUCCCUUUGCCUGGGGACUCCAUGGACAAGUACAAAUUGGCGAAGCUAUAGACAGACACCUCAGUUCAGUCAUCUACACAAUUCAUCUUCUCUAUGGAAAUAAAUAAAAUAUUCAAGUUAGAAGACAUACAGUAUGUGCAUAAAACACAUACUCUCAUCCACAAGAGGGCAGAUUUGCACAACCAAGGAGAGCCUUAAAUGCCCACACCAGUAGAAAUCCACUUUUUCUAGCUGAAAGAAGAUGGCCAGAGCUUACCCAUGAUUUUGAACAAUGAUUUAAGUCAAUAUGUCAUAAUUUUAGUCAAAGUAUUAUAUAUUUGGUCUUGAAGGGACAAAUCCGAACGGCCCAAUUCGUGCAAAUCCAUGUGAAUGCGAUGUAUUUUCCUGUGAUAUGACAGACACAUUCUAUUCAGCCUACAUUUCGUUUCAGGGCUGGGUUUUAAUUGAAUGUUACCACCCACCGGCAUGGCACUGUUUAUUAAUCAGAAACAGCUGCAAAGUUAUUUCUCUUUGCGACUGAGAUGAGCCAAACAGGCUUGUACUCCUGAGUGGCGCAGUGGUCUAAGGCAGUGCUAACUGUGCCACUAGAGAUCCUGGUUCGAAUCCAGGC